UCUGAACUCGCAUCACGGUCACUGAGCUCUAAUGUGUGCAACUUGGUGUUGCUGACUGUCACUGUGGAUGAGUAUAGUGACUGGUCCAAGGUGUGAGAUGCAUGUGACGGUGCGUGAGGUCCGUAUCUCCUCGGAGUCAGAGACUUCCUACUUCCUGCGAGUGGAGUGGAGGGGGCGAGACUUAGGCUCUGGCUUCCUGUUACUGCUCACUGAUGGACAGAACGCAUGGAGAGGAGAGGUAUCAGAGGAUGCAGUGAGGGAGGAGGCUGAGGAGUUGGAGAUGCAGACAGAUCGUUACAUCCAGGACCUCCAGCAGGCCUUGACUGGGACCGGACCCUCUACUGACUACAGCUUCACCUUGACCUAUAACCCCGGCCCAAUGGCCAACAUGACCCUGGCCUACGAGAAGGUGCAGAGGGACAUCUCGUUCUGCCUGGGCUCUGUGUUGCUGGGUAAGAUUCCAGAGCCAGUGGAGGAGGUUAGAGCGUUACUGACUCACGGUCUAGAACGUGGAACCGCACUGCAGAACCACAACCACUUACUAAAGGAGGAGAACCACCGACUCAAACAGGAGCUACAACACAUCAAUGCAGAGUUGCAGCGGUUUGUCAGUGGGAAGGAGACACUCGAGUCAGAGCUGUACUCUCGCUUCACCCUGGUGCUGAAUGAGAAGAAGGCCAAGAUACGCAGUCUACAGAAGAAUCUCACACACCUGCAGGAGACCAGGGAAGAGGGAGAGAGCAGCAGUCCAGGGAAGGGAACGAAAAAGACGACAGGACAGACGAGAGAGGGGGAUGAAUAUGAAGCGAGCACUGAUGAAGAGCAGUUACAGCCUGCCUCUAUAGAACCCACCCAGGGGACGUCGCGUAGCCGCAGCCCAUUGGACGACAGUCUGAAUGACAUCACAGACGUGGCGCCCUCCCGUAAACGCCGCUUCCGCCACCUGCAACCUCCUGACACCGUUGCUAAGAGACCGACCUCGGAGCCAGCACAGAAACCGAGGAGGGACCCCCUGCCAUCAUCCAGAGCAGCAGCCAAUAAGGACCAGGCUCCCCAGCAUUCUACUGAUGUCAUUCCUGAUGCUGAGGACCUGUUUGAGGACAUCUGAGUUCUAACCACUCACUCCUCAAUCAAAUUCUUUCCCUCCCUCCCUCCCUCCCUCCUUUCAUCUCUCUCUCCCUCCAUCACUUUCGUCUGUCACUAUCAGCCAGUCCCAACUCUCUUAGAACCCCUUCUCCUAAUUAACCCCUUCGAUGUUUGGAGAUCUGAAAGAUCAGGAUAGGUGUAAACAGUGCGGGGAUGGAGCUUCCAUUCCUUCCACCUUACAGAUCCAAAUGUAAAAGUGUAUUAUUAAUAUCCUGAAUUUGGCAUUCUAUUUAUGGGGAUAAUGGUAACUAAUUCUAAAAUUACAAAGAUCCAAUCAACUAUGGAUAGUAUACCUAGUUUCACUCUGAAAUGGCGUUCUUUGGUCAAAUCAGAUGUCAAUGUAGCCAACAUAAAUCUAACGUGAGUCGGAAUUUACUUUCACAUACACUGUAAAAUAAAUGUAUAUAUAUAUUCAGCGUACAAUUGUAAGGUAACCAUCCAGGCCCGGCUCGAGGAGGACAUGACUGAGGGGAACAUUUUAAAUUCAUGGGGGGGGGACUCUUCGACCCUCCUACCAAGUUACCUUAAUCUGAAGCUACUGAUCUGCACACCGGUGUCAAACUUGUCCGCAGUACGUAUAGGUGCGUUGAUGAACUGCAAUGUGACGCUGAAUUGGAAAAGCUUUGCCAGGAGGGCACGAGCACGCCAGCUCCAAGGAAACGAUGGAGACAACUCUGCGAGAGUAUGUAGUUGAAAGCACAGUUUGCUCAACAAGGCAUUUUUUUAUUUUUAGCAAACAGAAAAUGUGUUUGAAAAAUGUUUCUGCAAGCUCACAAUCCUAUUGCAGCUGGUUGCCUUACAAUUGUACGCUGAAUCAAUAUAUAUAUAUAUUUUUUUAUUAUUUCUUUUAGUGAACAGCUAGUGUUAGAGGAGGUACUUUCAACGAUUCAAUGGUAGUCUACGCGGAUGAGUAUGAAAGUUGAUCGAUGUCUAAAUGUGUUGACAUGAUAGCUCGGCAUAUACAAGCUUGUUUCCAAAGCUAAGUAGGAUACAUAGAGGAGAGCAUGUAGAUGAUAGACUCAUCCUCAAUGAAGUGCAUUACCCCUCAUAUACCAGUAGGAGUCGCUGUUCAGGCAGGAAUUGUUGGGCUGGCUUCACAUUUUAUUUCAAUAUACACUAUAUAUACAAAAGAAUGUGGACACCCCUUCAAAUUCGUGGAUUUGGCUAUUUCAGCCACACCCGUUGCUGACCGGUGUAUAAAAUCGAGCACACAGCCAUGUAAUCUCCAUAGACAAACAUUGGUAGUAGAAUGGCCUGUACUGAAGAGCUCAAUCAUUGGGUGCCACCUUUCCAACAAGUCAGUUCGUCAAAUUUUGGCCCAGCUAGAGCUGCCCCGAUCAACUGUAGGUGCUGUUAUUGUGAAGUGGAAACGUCUAGGAGCAACACCAGCUCAGCUGAGAAGUGGUAGGCCACACAAGCUCGCAGAACAGGACUGGCGAGUGCUGAACCACGUAGCGCGUAAAAAUCGUCUGGGUUUCCAUGGCCGAGUAGCCACACACAAGCCUAAGAUCACCAUGCGCAAUGCCAAGCGUAUGCUGGAGUGGUGUAAAGCUCGCUGCCAUUGGACUCUAGGAGCAGUGGAAACGCUCCUAGAGUCAGUUUAGAUCAUUGUAUUUAAGCUGAAGCUUUACCCUAAUUUCGAUGUUUACAAUGCUUGUUGAAAUGCGAAGAAAACCGUACUAGUUUACUUUUUGCAAAUCCAAAUGUGUUUUCCACGUGGAUUCCACGUCCGUAAUAGGUUGACAUAUGAUGUUGAAACAUUGGUUCCACCAGUGUGUUCCCAGUGGGUUGCUUCUGUCUCUCUGUCCCUCUACACAGGGGUGGCCAACACCUGGUUUUACUAACCAGCCUUGCUAAAACCUGACUGAGCAUGGCAAGGUCCUGGCUCACGUCCUACCCCUUCCUCUACCUAACCUAAGGACCACCAGGACCUUGACAUGUCGCAUCAGGUUAUAGCAAGGCUGGAACAAAAGCCUGAAUAUCUAGCUCUACACCUCUGCACAGCCACCCUUCCUCUACCAUUUAUUACUUCCCGCUCUGCUCUAGCCUCUAUCUCACUAUUAAUCCUCCACCACUCACUCCCGUAUCCUUCUUUAUCACUGUCACUACUAUACAGAGGAAGUCAAGGAGACCGUUAUAUAGAGAGAAGGGAAUUAGACAUAUUUUUUUUGUAGUACACCAUUUAUACAAAUGUAUAAGGCUGUAACAAGGGGAUCUUUUUGUACUCAAUAUGGACAAACAUUAACUGUGUAAAGCUCAGUCUUUGUGCUGUUUUUAGUAUGAUGAAGAGAAGUGUUGGUUCUUUAUGUGUAUGAAACACGAAUAAAGUGUAAUAAAAUGUAGGUUACCAACAUGAA